UUCUUUGACGUCAUCACGGUGCGACGCACAUGUCGGUGUGAAAGUGCAAGCUGCCAUUUUUUCGAUGAGCAUUUUUUUCAUUAGUUCAGGCUUCCAAAGCUGAAGUGCAACUUAUUACCUCAAAUUAACGUGCAGUUUUCUUUUAUACGCCGCAACGAGAAGUGAAUUAGUUUACCUGUGAGGUUUUACAAGUCUAGAUUAUUUAUGUUUUAGUUUUCCGCGCGGAGGCUGCUUAGCUCGGCUGGCUAGCGUUAGCAAGCACUGUAAACAAACAACAAUCGGCUCUCUGGAGAUCUACUCGGAAGUUUCGUUACGGGGGUUCUUACCAGGAGGGAGUUUCAUGCUGCAUAUGUCUAAGUCAAUCAAGACAACUUCAGUUUGAUGAGCGAGCGAAUUUCUUCGGAGCAGCGCGGAGCUCCGUAGCUUUUUUGGAGCGGGUCGAGGCCAGUUCAGUUGCAGAGGGAGCAGGGACACUCGUCGGCAUGUCGUCCUUCUCCGAGUCGGCAUUGGAGAAGAAACUGUCGGAGCUGAGCAGCUCGCAGCAGAGCGUCCAGACGCUGUCCCUUUGGAUCAUCCACCACCGCAAACACUCGGGUCUCAUCGUCAAAGUGUGGCACCGAGAACUGAAGAAAGCUAAAAGCAGCCGGAAGCUGACUUUCCUUUAUCUGGCAAAUGAUGUUAUUCAGAACAGCAAGAAAAAAGGACCAGAAUUCACCAAAGACUUUGAGUCUGUACUUGUGGAUGCUUGCUCCCAUGUUGCCAGAGAGGCAGAAGACAGCUGCAAAAAACCCAUGGAGAGACUUCUAAACAUCUGGAAGGAGAGGAGCCUUUAUAGAAGUGAUUUCAUCCAGCAGCUCAAGCUUGCCAUAGAGGACUCGAACAGCCCCAGGCCCUCAGAGGAUAAGAAAGCUGUGAAACGAAGCUACCAGAAGAUCCAGGAAGACGAUGAAGACGAUGAUGACGACUACAGAAGUCACAUCUCACCUCGAAACACGGAGGCCUCUGCCACCCAGCUGACGGAGGAGCUGGUGAAGGCCCUGCAGGACUUGGAGAACGCUGCUUCAGGUGAUGCAGCCGUUCGUCAGAAGAUCGCCUCGCUGCCGCAGGAGGUCCAAGACGUUUCUCUGCUGGAGAAGAUUACAGACAAGGAAGCAGCAGACAAACUGUCCAAGACGGUGGAUGAGGCCUGUCUGCUGCUGGCUGAGUACAACGGUAGGCUGGCUGCGGAGCUGGAGGACCGCCGGCAGCUGGCAAGAAUGCUGACGGAAUAUAUCGGCAGCCAGAAGGAGGCGCUCAUGGAGAGAGAGAAGAAACUAGAGGAAUAUAAGCAGAAACUAGCGCGGGUGACUCAAGUGAGAAAAGAGCUGAAAUCUCACAUCCAGAGUCUCCCCGACCUGUCCCUUCUACCCAACGUGACCGGGGGUCUAGCUCCGCUCCCCUCAGCUGGAGACCUCUUCUCCACCGACUGAGGGAGGGGGCCCGUGUCCCAUUAAACCCCCAGUGUGGCCCUACCCAAGUCAGAACCUCGUUUGACCCUCAGCUGUGUGUCCAGCCCAAAAGGGACGCGUGGGAAGAAGCUCAGCAGAAGAACAGCCAGCUCCCCCUAGUGUCUAGAACCUGCAGAUUGAGGAGGAAGGGGCGUUUUUAUAAUAGGUUUUGGUUUAAAAAAUGCUCUGACAAAGAGAAAUGAGACUCUUUACAUCUGGAUUGAUUAAAAAGGAUUCUAACCCACCAGCCUGGAAGAUUGUUUCCUGAUUGAUUUUAUUUCUUUUAAAUGCCGGCCAUAGUUUUUGAGAAAAAAAAAACAAAGAUGGGCCUUUUUGUUUUUUUUGAAUGACUUUUAGUUCUGGCUUCAUCACAAAGAGUUAGUUUUGUUCAUGUCUGUUAUUUGGUAGCCUUUCAACACUGUCAGAAUGGGCCUUUUUUUCUUUUCAGCUGGAGAAAAUGUCAACCAGGUUCAAGUUUUUUUGCUUUUAGGUUGUUUUAAGAGCUGUUACUCAAAACAAUCAGUCACCGAAACACCGGAAGAAACCAAAUUUAUGGAUGUUUUAAAGUCAACUGCUGUUUUUGUGCUCACUUGCAAAAAAAAGAAAAAGUACUUUUUAAGAUACGGAUAAGUGCGCGGUUAACUUUUUCGCCUUCUGAGGAGAAGCUUGAAACAUGGAGAUGAUGUUCUUUGCUAGGACUUAGUUUGUUCAGAACAGCAUUGAAAUGGUGUGUGGUUUUAUGAAACUGAAACUCAAGAAUAAAAUACCUUUGAAAAUGACAAUUAUGAUGUAAAACUCGAGGUCAAUAUUCUUUGGGAGGAAAACAUGAAGCACAAAAAAAUCUGAAUCGACUUGUUUUUUUUAAAGAGUUAUUACAGCAAAUGUUAUUAACAAAGACAGAGUGUUUGGCUGGAAUGUCAUUUUUUUCUACAAUGAAUUGAAAAGUUUUUCAUUUGCAUUCAAAGCCAUGAAAAUUGUGGGUAACCAUUUUAUUUGAAUGGAUGAUUCUUGAAUCUCAGGUUUCCAUGUUUGAGGAAGUAAUGCAAUUAAAGGUUUAACAGCUGUA